AUGGCCGAGGGGACCGGGACGCCAACCCACAGGCCCCUGCGGCCAUUGAGCGCAGCCGCGGUGGCCCUUGGAGUUCUAGGGCUCCUUGGUGCUUUGGGUCAUGCCUUUUGUGGCACAGCUUUGCCGAGCGUCCAAGAAUUGCCAGACAUGGAAGGAUGCAUCACAAUGGGCACCAGGUCUAGGAUGUGGACUGCUGGUCGCCCAAACAAAGCCAUGAUCAAGGCAAGGGGAGCGCGGAUGCCAUCGCUGAACAAUCUGAAAGAUCAGUAUUUCAUUAUCUAUGCACGUUCACCUAUCGUGAAGCAGUGGUGCCCGAUGAACAUCGUGUCCGGAUCCGAGGCGCUAAAGACUUUGAAGGGUGCGACGGACAAUCAAAUUGCCAAAACACUUGGCGCAGACAAGUUUGCGGAGGGCCAGAUUGUCAAAGCUGUGGGCAUGAAUUUGUACAAGCAGCGGGACGAAAUCACUGACCAAGCAAAGCAGAUGCACAAGGGCCUGAGGUUUUCAGGUGACCUGCAGUUCGGUUACAAGGAGAUCAUGAACAACACCAUCUUCAAUGAGAACCCAGGCACCCCCGCCAGAUGUUUCUUGAUACAGGAGGCAUUGGCUUGA